AUGGUCCCCCUCACCAUUAGCAAGUACAGCGUCGACCGUGAGUGCGUCGACGUCAUGGGUUUCUCGUCCGGGUGGCAUGACGACAAACCUGCUGGCGGGCUCGUAUCCGGACGGGCCCGAGGCCGGCGGGGCCUGCUCAGCGUCGCGUUUAGCCGCUUCUUCGUUAAGUCCGCCGGUGUCUCAGCGUGUCCGGCUGAGUUUGGCGUGCUGCUCGCUGCGCACCCCUUUCCCCAUUCCAACCCCCUCCCGCUGGCUCUUGAAACGAACACGAGAAAGGCCUGUGGGCUAAUCGGAUUCUCUGAGUACUCGCGAACGGGUGCCGCCUCUGCCGCGCCGGCAAGCCAGAACCAGACCCGUGCCAACGGGCUGCAGCAGACGCCGCAGGAGUGGGGGAGUCUGGUCCGCCAUGCGCUUCCGGGAGACACGGGGCAGCGGCCGCGGAUGCAGAUCUCCCAUGUGCUGGCGGACAACCUCGUGCACAUUGCAUGCGAUGCGUGUAUGAGGCGCUCGAGCAAUGGCAAAACGUGCUGGGCAUCGAGCUGA